AUGUCGAACGGUGCAGACGACUCUACGCGACCGGCGAAACGCGCUCGUCUCGACGACAGCACGGCGCCUUCCCUCUCCGUCGAAUCCACCGCACAAGCUCCGCAAGCCGCGCCCAAAGCCCCAGCACCCACGGUCAUUGACAAUGAUCUCGAGCGCGAGGUCCGGGCAGGGAUCACAGAAUAUAUCUGCCCGAACAACCUUGGGUUUACGGGUGUGCUGAAGCAGAGAUAUACGGACUUUCUGGUCAACGAAAUUGGACUUGAUGGCCAAGUGCUCCAUUUGAGGAGCACCGAGGUGGAGAGCAAGGAAAGCAGACGGCACAAUGGAAAAGGAGUCAAUGGCGGAGAGACUAAGAAGGAAGUAUCCAAGGAUGUAAAGAUAGAAGUGAGAGAGGAGAAGAAUGAUGCGGAGAUGGCAGAUGUGCAAAAUGGUUCAGCCGCAGCGCAGACAACAACGAUAAAGGUUGAGACUGCGCCUGAAAAGUCCGACACUGCGGAUAAGGAUGCAGGCGGCCAGAAAGAGGAAGUCAAGGAGGAGCCGGAGGAAGAGCUCCCCGAAGAAGACCGCGAAACCCUACAUUCGAUAUUCGGGGAAGAUACCACUAAACAUAUCCUCACACUCGUCCGGCAAGUGCGAAGGCGCGAACACAAGAAAGCGAAAGACUUCAAAGCUGUAACAUCCCCACCCAUAACCGACAAGGACACACGGACGCAAGCCCACCAAUGCCUACGCCGAAUAUUUCCAAACCUGUUAGAGAGCGCCAUGGAGGAGGACCAGUCAAUACGGAUCAAAGCAACACCUCCAGCAGAACGUAAAGGGAAGAAGAAGGGCAAGGGCGGGAACCAAGAUCGAAGCGACGCAGGUUUCGGAAGAAAUCGAGGUCAAUUGGCUUGGGAAGAGCUUGGUGGAGAAUACCUUCAUUUCAAUUUAUACAAGGAAAACAAAGACACCAUGGAAGUAGUAGGCUUCCUAGGAAGCAAGCUUAAUUGUGGUACGAAAGGAUUUGGCUUUGCAGGCACGAAGGACAGGCGCGCUUGCACGGUUCAGCGACUCUGCGUCAAGAAACAGACUGCCGAGCGCAUCCAUGGCUUUAACAAGGUCUUGUACAAUGCGGCCGUUGGAGACUUCGCGUACCGCAACAGUGAUCUGAAACUCGGAGACCUAAAGGGUAACGAGUUCACGAUUACGCUCCGAGACUGCCAUUUUCAGAAUGAGGAAGGCUUGGACUUUGAGCAACGGCACAAGCUGGCGAACCAAGUGAUAGAAAAAGCCAUCACAGACUUUUCUGAGAAGGGGUUCAUCAAUUACUAUGGUCUCCAACGGUUUGGCUCAUUCGCCGCAAGCACCGAUGCUAUUGGUCGCAAGAUGCUACAAGACGACCUGCAAGGCGCCGUCGAGGAUCUGUUGGCGUACAAUGAUGUCGCACUCGCUGCAGCCGAAGGCACCCACUCGGACUCGAAUGUUCUCGUAUCUCAAGACGACCGUAACCGUGCGAUGGCGCUACAUAUUUGGAAGACCGAAGGGUCGGGCAGCGCCGCGCUCGACAUGCUCCCUAGGAAGUUCACAGCAGAACGCAACAUCAUCCAGCACCUUAGCUCCCGCAACAGCAAGACCGGACGCCACGACCGCCGAACAGACUGGCAGGGCGCACUCAUGACUAUCCCGCGCAACCUGCGCCUUAUGUACGUCCACGCGUACCAGUCGCUCGUAUGGAACGUUGUAGCUGGUAAACGCUGGAUCACCCACGGCGACAACGUCGUCGAAGGCGAUCUCGUCCUAGUCAACGAUCAUCGCGACAAAGAGAUAAGCAAUCAGCCCGUCAGAACAGAGGCCGAAGAUCAGGACGGAGAGUUCAUUAUCAACCCCUCUGGCAGCGAGAACGCCAACGCCGCAGAAGCAGACUUUGAACGCGCCCGCCCGCUUACUGCAUCAGAAGCUGCAAGCGGCAAGUACGCCAUCUGCGACGUCGUUCUCCCUCAGCCCGGCUAUGACGUCGAAUACCCGAAGAACGCAAUUGGCGAGUUCUACAAAGAAUUUAUGGGUAGUGAGAAGGGCGGCGGUCUAGAUCCGUAUAAUAUGCGUCGACCGUGGCGGGAGAUUAGUUUGAGUGGCGGCUAUAGGAAGUUCCUCGCAAGACCGCUCGAGCCGCUUGACUUCCAAGUACAUCGAUAUACGAAAGAGGAUGAGCAGUUUGUUGAGACGGAUCUUCAGCGGCUGAGGAAGGGCAGCCAGCUGAAGAGUGAGGAGGCGAAGGAUGUGGAAAUGGAGGAAGGCGAGGAGCAAGAAGCGAAGAAGUUGGCCGUGGUGAUCAAGUUGCAACUGGGGAGUAGUCAAUAUGCUACCAUGGCGCUGAGGGAGCUCAUGAAGGCUGGUGGUGUGAAGGCGUUUAAGCCUGAAUAUAUGGGUGGUAGAUAA